AUGCGUUCAGUACCUUUACGAUCCUUCAAUGACUUUUUAGGCUUUGGCGCUCGAUACAGUAUACCCAAAGAAUGUAAAUGGAAUGGACGAAUGGUUUCAAAUCUAAUUUAUUAUCAGUCGAAUUACUUUUUUUUAAGCUUCAUUAUAAUGAUAUUACUCAGCGCACUUAAUCCCAUUCCCGUUUUAACAGGACUUCUUGUGAUAUGCUUACCUUUGAUGAUUCUCCUAUUUUUAGAUACACAAACCCUUAACACUAUUAACCAACCAAAGAUACUUGUACCUGUAUGUAUUGUCAUUGCCAUGUUACUGAUUCGUUUCAUAUCUGGAAUCAUCCUCUUCUUUUGUGUUCUACUUGUUCCAGUACUAACUGUAUGCCUUCAUGCCCUCUGUAGACAACGUAAUUUAAAGAACAGAGUUUGUAAACUUGUGGAAUCAGUUCGCUCUGGAGAACAAAAAACACUAAUGGGAUAUAUACUGGAAGUAUUUGGUGUAGAUGUACGACUGCUUACUAUUGAUAAUUAA